AUGAAGGUUGUUUACGAAGUCGACAUUAAAUACAUGAAAGCAUGGCGCGCAAAAGAGAACGUGAUUACGAUGCUUAGAGGUGGACUAGCAGAUGGAUAUGGAAAAAUGCCCCGUUAUAUCUAUAUGCUGAACCAAGUACCUGUUGUAGUUGUUGACGGGGCACAUUUAAGCGGUCCAUAUGAAGGAACAUUUGUAUCGGCAAGCACAUUAGAUGGUGCAGGUUUCCUAGAAGAAGUUAGAAUCUUAUUUGCUGCAUGGAAUUGUAAGAACAACGAAAUUGCAUCGUACACCAAUACAACUCUUGGCAGAAUAUUUGAAGAAAUUCUAACUCAUAAUGGUGUUAAAGCUUUGAGGAUGACGGUUAAGCCAGUAGGGAGUUAUCUUUAUUGUGUUUAUGAUUCGGGCUGGGGGUCACAAACCAUAGUGAAGACAUAUGAACUCCCUAUAGUUUCAAUGCCAGACAAGAAAGAUUGGAGUGUUCCAGGUUUUGUUGAUGAUGAAGAAAUUUUGCCGCCCAAAUAUCGAAGACCUCCUAGUAGGCCAAAAAAAGAAAGGCAUCUGAAAUCAAGUGAAUCAUUGUCUUCAAAUUCAAACCGCUGCGGAAAAUGCGGAUGA